AUGUACAUCCCCAACAAGCCUGCCAAAUAUGGUAUCAAGCUUGUCCUUGCCAAUGAUUCCCACAGCAAGUACCUGCUGGCAGGAAUACCAUACUUGGGGAAACUUGCAACACAACGACAGGAUGGACAAAGUCUUGGCCAGUAUUUCACCAAGGAGCUGACCAAGCAAUAUCACCAUACCAACAGGAAUGUGACCACUGAUAACUGGUUCACCUCUGUGCCACUGAUGAUUGACCUGCUGGAGAACUGUGGCAUGACCCUUGUGGGGACAGUAAAAGCAAACAAAAAGGAGAUCCGCCAUAUGAUGAGAGUCAAAGAAAAUCGCACACCAGGCACCACUGCAUUUCUCUUCACCAAAGAACUAACCUUGGUGUCCUUCCUCCCUGACAAAGCUUCCAAAAAGAAGGUUGUGCUGCUCAUGUCAUCCAUGCACACACAACCAAGCAUUGGACCCACUCACAAGCCAGAAGUGAUUGAGUUUUACAACAAAACAAAGGGAGGUGUCGAUACUUUCGACCAGAUGUGUGCUCACUAUAGCUGUGGAAGAAAGACCAAGAGAUGGCCCCUGUGCGUGUUCUACGGCAUGAUAAACGCUGGUGUGAUAAACUCAUACAUCAUACACAAGGAGAAUGCAAUGAAGAGAGAUGACACCUACCUGCAGAGAAGGCCUUAUAUGCAGGCUCUGGCACUGGCACUCAUCAAACCAUGGGCAGAGCAGAGGCUGCCCGCUUCAAAUCUGUCACGUCAACUCAGAAUCCUGAUCUGUACCGUGCUCGACAUCCCUUCCCCUGGUACUCUAGCCAGUGAGGAAGGACCAGUGGCAGCAGAAAGCAGUGGUGCCUUUGUAAGGUGUGCUGACUGCCCCUCAGGGUCGGACAGGAAGACACGACACAGGUGCCACGUCUGCCGUCGACCAGUGUGUCCGCGCCAUUACUACCCUGCAUGUACCGAUUGCAUGUAA